UUCCGCGUCUGGAUUCUAGGGUUUCUCUGCCUACAAUAGCAGAGCAAACCCAAUUAUUCCUCAUUUUUCGUCAAAAUUUUCCUUUUUUCCCUCUUGCUUUCAAAUUUUCUUGCUUCCCGAACCUAUUCUUUCUUUCUUCACACCACCUGAUCUUUUCCCAUUCCUGUGAAACUCACCAUUUUCCGUUCUUUUCUGGUCGACUUCAAUUUCUGCAAGCUACAUGAAGCUUCUUCAGUCCGAUGAGACCGCCUCUGAGGCUUGCGACCUUCCUGAGGAAACCCAAGAAGAGAAACCCUCCAGUUCGUCUGUGGUUGAAGGCAUUGACCGUGGCCUUGAUAAUGGUGAUGCGGUUCUCGAUGUGUUCGGGAAAACCGUGGAGUUCCCGGUAUUGGAGAACGCAGAAGACUCCGUGGAGGGCUUGUAUUUUUAUAAGAAUGUCUACAAUUUGAUCCCCAAGUCUUUGGGAGGUCUUGCGCGGUUGAAGACAUUGAAGUUCUUCGGAAAUGAGAUUAAUUUGUUUGCCCCAGAGUUUGGAAACCUGACGGGCUUGGAGUGUUUGCAGAUGAAGAUAUCUUCUCCUGGAAUUGGUGGGUUGCCAUUGCAUAAGUUGAAGGGUUUGAAGGAGUUAGAGUUGUCCAAAGUGCCUCCGCGGCCUUCUGCUUUCCCUAUAUUGACAGAGAUUGCUGGUCUUAAGUCCUUGUCCAAGCUAUCUAUUUGCCACUUUUCUAUAAGAUACCUCCCUCCUGAAAUUGGCCUCUUAAAGAAACUGGAGUAUCUUGAUCUUUCAUUCAAUAAGAUGAAGACACUGCCCUCCGAAAUCAGUUAUUUGAAUGGCUUGAUAUCUUUGAAAGUUUCCAAUAAUAAGUUGGUGGAACUACCAUCAACUAUGGCAUCUUUGUCCGGGCUGGAGAACUUGGACCUGUCAAGUAAUAGGUUGACUUCACUGGGACCUCUUGAACUUGGGUCUAUGCAUAAACUUCAGAAUUUAAAUCUUCAGUUCAAUAAGCUGCGCAGCAUGCUUCAAAUACCUUCAUGGAUUCAUUGUAAUAUGGAAGGAAACGACAGAGGUGAAUGCAGCGAUGAUUUUAGCAGUUCUUCUGUUGAAAUGGAUGUCUAUGAAACGAGUUCACUGGAGAAUGAUGGACUACUUUCACAUGCAUCUCGUAAUAGCUCAUCAAGCCUAUUAACUAGCUCCUCGUCUAGUAGAUGUUUUGCAACGCGGAAAUCAGGUAAAAAGUGGAAGCGGCGGCACUACUUACAGCAGAAAGCCCGCCAAGAGUGCUUAAACAACAGCAGGAAGUGGAAAGGUUUAAAUAAUUCACAACUGGGCAAGGACAUGCAUAGAAUUUGUGAAUCAGAAAACCAAGGCAGCCUUGCUGUUGAAAACUGCAGUGAAGCUCGUCCAUCAGAUAGUGUGUGUCUGGACAAUGAAGCUAAAAAGAUGGUCUCAGAAGAAGCUGGGAAUGACAGUGUAAUUGAUGAUGUUAACAACAAUGAAGUGGGUAUUGAAAAGCAAUUUAAGGAUUGUUCCAGUAGAAGCGAAGAUGAAAACGAUGCUUCCUUAUGCCCGUUGGAGAAUGGACCUAGUGGGCAGGACAAUGCAUCAAGUUCAGAAUCUUUGAAGCAUAUUUCUAAAUCAAAGAGACAUUCAGAAAGGGAUCUUGAUAAUCCUAAACCAUGCAAGUCUAGAAAACCAAUUGGUGAUAGCUCAUCAUUGUCCUACAAGUACAGUAGAUUAUCAUUUUGUGGUGCCGAAGACCAUCUGCCAGAUGGUUUUUAUGAUGCUGGACGUGAUCGACCUUUUAUGCCCCUUGAGAGUUAUGAGCAAAAUCAGUGCCUUGCCUCUCGUGAAGUCAUCUUAGUGGACAGAGAAAGAGAUGAAGAUCUGGAUGCCAUAACACUCUCUGCUCAGUCAUUGGUGCGUCAUUUGAAGCAGUGGAAUGAUUUUACCAAACAUGGGAAUCAAGUUGCUCUUGAUAGCUUCCAGAUUGCUUCGCUGCUUGCCCUCUUUGUAUCAGAUCAUUUUGGGGGCAGUGAUAGAAGUGCUAUUGUAGAAAGGACACGAAAAGCAGUGUCUGGUUCAAACUAUCACAAGCCUUUUGUCUGUACAUGCUCAACUGGAAGCAACAAUGGUAUUAGUGCUUCCUCCAAACCAGUUGUAAACAGUGAAGACAUUACUCUUGCUAGUAACUCUGAAAAAUCUCUUGAGUCUUUAAAAAGGAGACGAAAUUCAAUCAUAGUUCCCAUUGGAUCUGUGCAGUUUGGUGUGUGUAGACAUAGAGCUCUGCUUUUGAAGUAUUUAUGUGAUCGCAUGGAGCCUCCAGUACCCUGUGAGCUUGUCAGGGGUUUCUUAGAUUUUUCACCACAUGCCUGGAACACCAUCGUAGUUAACAGAGGUGAUACCCAGGUUAGAAUGAUAGUUGAUGCAUGCCGGCCGCAUGAUAUAAGAGAAGAGGCAGACCCUGAGUUCUUUUGCAGGUAUAUACCUCUUAGUCGAACCAAAGUUCCUAUUUCAUCUGACGGAACUCCUGGUCCUGGUUGUUCAUUUCCAUCUCUCUCUACAUGUGACGAAUUUGAGAAGGCAUCUUCAAGUACUUUAGUUCGGUGCAAAUUUGGGUCAAUUGAGGCUGCAGCAAAGGUGCGUACUUUGGAAGUGAAGGAGAGUUCACCAGACAAAAUAAAAAACUUUGAAUAUAAUUGUUUGGGAGAAGUGAGAAUUUUAGGUGCUUUGAAACACCCUUGUAUAGUUGAAAUGUAUGGACACCAAAUAUCUUACAAGUGGACUCUUCUAGAAGAUGGUAAUCCUGAGCAUUGUGUUUUAAGGUCUGCAAUUUUUAUGGAGUACAUAGAAGGGGGCUCUUUGAAGACCUAUCUUGACAAGUUAUCAAAAGCUGGUGAAAAGCAUGUUCCGGUAGAGCUGGCUCUGUAUAUCGCCAAAGAUGUUGCAUGUGCAUUGUCAGAGCUACACUCAAAGCACAUAAUUCAUCGUGAUGUAAAAAGUGAAAACAUUCUAAUUGCUUUGGAUAGAAAGAAAGAUGAUGGCACCCCUACUGUGAAGCUUUGUGAUUUUGACAGCGCAGUGCCACUAAGAUCACCUUUGCAUAGCUGCUGUAUCGCUCAUGUGGGAGCGCCUCCUCCUUAUGUGUGCACUGGAACGCCACGAUGGAUGGCUCCAGAGGUUAUGCGGACUAUGUACAAAGAAAAUACUUAUGGAUUGGAAGUUGAUAUCUGGUCAUUUGGAUGCUUACUUCUGGAGCUUCUCACGCUGCGUGUUCCAUUUUCUGGGCUGUCUGAUUUACAAUUCCAUGACAUUCUACAGAUGGGUAAACCACCACAAUUAACAGAAGAACUGGAGGCCCUGAGUUCACUGAAUGAACCCACGAUGAUUCGAUCCGGUGAUGAGCCAGACAAAUCAGAUACUGAGGCAGACUUGAUGAAAUUCCUUGUUGAUUUGUUUCAUAGGUGUGUGGAAGAAAAUCCGGCCAAACGACCUACAGUAAAAGAAAUCUAUGAAAUGCUGCUUGAACAAACAUGCCGUCUAAAAGUACAAGAUGUUGACAAUAGUUAGGUUCUCAGUUUGGUUGACCCUCUCACAUUCCCUUGGUGUUGUAUUAUUAGACCAAUCUCCAAUUUUUUCAAGAAUAAUUCCCCCCCUAGUGUCUGUAGUGAAUAAUAAUCAUUAUGUGCAAUUCCAUUCCAGGAUGUUAGAUUCAGGCGGCUCUUUUCAAUCUGAUUGAGAUCUGUAAAUUUUGUAGCUAGGUCUCUUUUCAGGCUGCCAGUGUUGAGGUCCAUGUAGGGUAUAUUUAUGCUGUCACUGGAUCUGAUUAAUUUGUUCAAAGCCUUCCCAAUUCUGGUAGGCUUGCCUUGAAAAUCUGCAGCAGAAUACUGUGUUUCUGGUUUUUCGGUUUCCCAUGCGGGUGCUUGCUGUAGUAAUCUCUUGAUGAUCAUACAAAUUAUGCCGUGUUAUCCACCAUCUGAGCAAUUGAUAUAUAUUUUCUUGUAA